GGGGCCGGGCCGUGCGCGCGCUGCCCGCGCCGCCCCUUCCCGCCGGCCGCCGCAGUGGUGUCGGGCGCGAGUGCGCCGCACCCGCCGCUCCCGCCCCGUUCCCCCGGGACCGCCGCGACCCCCGGCACCCCCCGAUCCUCCUCGCAAGCCCCCCCGCCGCCAGUCCUCCCCCUCUCACCGCCAUGGCCGACGAGCUCGACUUCACCACGGGCGAUGCCGGCGCCUCCUCCACCUACCCCAUGCAGUGCUCGGCGCUGCGCAAGAACGGCUUCGUGGUGCUCAAGGGGCGUCCCUGCAAGAUCGUGGAAAUGUCCACCUCCAAGACUGGCAAGCACGGCCACGCCAAGGUCCAUUUGGUUGGUAUUGAUAUCUUCACUGGUAAAAAAUAUGAAGAUAUUUGCCCAUCAACUCAUAACAUGGAUGUUCCAAAUAUCAAGAGGAAUGAUUACCAGCUGAUAGGCAUUCAGGAUGGGUAUCUCUCCCUGCUGACAGAAAGUGGUGAAGUUCGUGAGGAUCUAAAGCUGCCAGAAGGGGAUCUUGGCAAAGAAAUAGAAGGAAAAUUCAAUGCCAAUGAAGAUGUGCAGAUAUCUGUCAUAAGUGCAAUGAAUGAAGAAUGUGCUGUAGCCAUAAAGCCUUGCAAGUAAAGAAGAUUGCCAGGCUCGGGCAACUGCUCAGGUCUGGACAAACCACAGAUCUAUAAAUUUGGUCCUUAUUGUCACCAAAGCUCUGGCCUUCACAAGCAACCUCAUUUCCUUUUUGAAUUGUUAAAAAGCAGUGCUGGAUUCUGGAUUAGUGUUGCAGGCUAACUGGCAGUUUUCAAAAUCACUGAGAUUUUAAUUCCUUAAUUGUAACUAUUUUAACAUUCCUGUGGGUUUCAGCUAUGGAUCUAAGAAACCAAUCAGGUGUUACUAGUGGAUAUAUUUUUAUUUGCUUGAGCAAAACAGUGUUUGUCUGUAUGAACAGACAAAAUACAGUAUUCAGGGGCUUUUAGAUAAGCUGGUAGAUAUCUAGGAUUAUAAAGUGACCUAGAGCACAAAUAGUAUUUUUCUUGACAUCUUUAGGUAGAACUGACAAUAAAAGUAGCUUUUUUUUUUCCUUUCCUUUUUUUAAAGCUUAAGUACUUUGUGGAUUGGGACUCUUGCAGAACUGUAGGUGCCAAUCACAAGUUUUAGACCAAGAAACUCAAGUGAUCAGAAAUGCCAGCUGGCUUGACCAAGCCCCAGUGGCCAUGUGCAACUAAACUGUAUUACCUCUGUUUUCUUUGCCAACUUGUUGGCUUAUUGUAACGAUAAAAUGGUUUAAAAAAAAAAGCCUACCUGUGGUUUAGGCAGGCCAUUGGAAUAUUGAGUAGAUAAGACAUAGAUAGGUCAAGGGGACACAAAGGUGAGAAUGGAUGUUAAAGCUAUAGACUUUCACUCGAGGCCUUUGUCAGACUUGAAAAAUAAAAUAGAAAAAUGCAGUUCAA